UCGCUACUCUGCUCUCGCACCACACAAUGGAAGGCCAAAGAAGCAAAGUAGUGUUGGCACGCGGCUUCUUGUCUUACUGCUUCUUCCUUUUUUGUGUUCAGUUGCUUUCUCUGGCCACCGGAAGUAUCGGCGGUAAGGUUCCGGCUAUCAUCGUGUUCGGAGACUCCUCGGUGGACGCCGGCAAUAACAACUUCAUCCCCACCGUUGCUCGGAGCAAUUUCGAGCCGUAUGGUCGGGACUUUCAGGGUGGGAACCCGACAGGGAGGUUCUGUAAUGGAAGAAUACCCACAGAUUUCAUAUCUGAAGCUUUUAGAAUCAAACCAAGCAUACCUGCGUAUUUGGAUCCAAAAUAUAAUAUAUCAGAUUUUGCUUCUGGAGUUACCUUUGCUUCUGCUGCAACGGGUUAUGAUAAUGCAACUUCAGAUGUGCUGUCCGUGAUACCAUUAUGGAAGCAGCUAGAAUUCUACAAGGCAUACCAGAAGAACCUCAGAGCCUACCUCGGAGAAAGGGCGGCCAGCCGGACGAUCAGCGAAGCACUCCACAUAAUGAGCCUCGGAACAAACGACUUCCUGGAGAACUACUACACCAUGCCGCGUCGGUCAUCGGAGUACACGCCGCAACAGUACGAGGACUUUCUGGUUGGGAUCGCAGGCACCUUCGUCCGGCAACUGUACGGCCUCGGCGCGAGGAAGAUAUCACUCGGAGGCCUGCCGCCGAUGGGGUGCUUGCCGUUGGAGAGGACGACGAAUGUUGGUGGCGGGAACGAGUGUGUGAAAAGGUACAAUGACGUAGCCCUAGAGUUCAACGGAAAGCUCAAGGAUUUGACCGCCUCGCUGAACAAGGAGCUUCCUGGGAUCAGAUUGGUGUUUUCGAAUCCAUAUUAUAUGAUGCUGCAUAUCAUCAGAAAACCUGCUCAGUAUGGGUUUGAAUCCACCUCAGUGGCAUGUUGUGCGACUGGAAUGUUUGAAAUGGGAUAUGCAUGCAGCAGAGGGAGCAUGUUCAGCUGCACAGAUGCUUCCAAAUAUGUCUUUUGGGACUCUUUCCAUCCUUCUGAGAAAACCAAUGCUCUCAUAGCCGACCACGUUGUGAAGACUGUUUUAGCUGAGUUUUUAAAAUACUAAUAAUUAUAAUCAUAAUCAUAAUAAUAAUAAUAAUAUCUACUGUUCUUUGUUGUGUCAGUAUAUAUAUACAUAUUGCUGGUUAAAAAAAAAGAAGUAUAUGUAUACAUACAUGUCCAGGUUCAGAUGUGGCUUCAGAUGUGGCUGUAAAAUAAAAUUAUAGACGUUAAUGUAUAUGACUAUAAAAUGUUCCGAUGAUGUUUAAGAUGGAAAAAAUAAGCCGAACAUUCUGUACUGAGUGUUGUAAUAUUGUUUUCCUUGAUGUGAAUGAUAGUGUGUGUGUGUUUUUUUUUUUAA